AUGGCUUCUCUUGUUUCUUCACCAUUCACGUUACCCACCUCAAAAGUAGACCAACUAUGCUCAAUUUCCCAAAAGCAUUACUUUCUCCACUCUUUCCUCCCCAAAAAGACCAACCAAAACACCCCCAAAUCACCCCUGAGGCUGAUGAAAUGUGCUGCAGUUGGCAAUGGCCUCUUCACCCAAACAACCCAAGAAGUCCGUCGAAUCGUGCCCGAAAAUAUUCACAAUCUCCCCACAGUCAAGGUGGUCUACGUGGUCCUAGAAGCCCAAUACCAAUCGUCCCUAUCCGCUGCGGUCCAAACCCUCAACAAGAAUGGCAAAUUUGCCUCUUUUGAGGUUGUGGGUUACUUAGUUGAAGAGCUUAGGGAUGUGAAUGCAUACAAGACUUUCUGCAAAGACCUUGAGGAUGCUAAUAUAUUCAUAGGCUCGUUGAUCUUUGUUGAGGAGCUUGCUUUAAAGAUAAAAACUGCAGUCGAGAAAGAAAGGGACAGGCUUGAUGCGGUCCUUGUGUUCCCUUCAAUGCCUGAGGUGAUGAGACUCAACAAAUUGGGCUCAUUUAGUAUGGCCCAAUUGGGGCAGUCAAAGAGUCCCUUUUUCCAAUUAUUCAAGAGGAAGAAGCAAUCAGCAGGGUUUGCUGAUAGUAUGUUGAAGCUUGUUAGGACAUUGCCUAAGGUCUUGAAGUACUUGCCAAGCGACAAGGCUCAAGAUGCUAGGCUUUAUAUUCUUAGUCUGCAGUUUUGGCUUGGUGGGUCACCUGAUAAUUUGGUGAAUUUCUUGAAAAUGGUUUCUGGGUCCUAUGUUCCUGCUUUGAAAGGGAUGAAAAUCGAGUAUUCGGACCCGGUUCUGUACUUGGAUACUGGGAUUUGGCACCCUUUGGCCCCUUGUAUGUAUGAUGAUGUGAAGGAGUACUUGAAUUGGUAUGGAACGAGAAGGGAUGCCAAUGAGAAGCUAAAGGGUCCAAAUGCACCUAUAAUUGGAUUGAUUCUACAAAGGAGUCAUAUUGUCACUGGGGAUGAGAGUCACUAUGUGGCUGUGAUUAUGGAAUUGGAGGCAAAGGGGGCAAAAGUCAUACCAAUUUUUGCUGGUGGGCUUGAUUUUUCCGGGCCUGUUGAGAAGUUUUUCAUCAACCCGAUCACCAAAAAGCCGUUUGUGAACUCAGUGAUUUCACUUACUGGUUUUGCGCUUGUUGGGGGCCCGGCUAGGCAGGACCAUCCAAAGGCUAUCGAGGCGUUGAUGAAGCUUGAUGUGCCUUACAUUGUUGCAUUGCCUUUGGUGUUUCAGACCACAGAGGAGUGGUUGAAUAGCACUUUGGGGUUGCACCCAAUUCAGGUGGCUUUACAAGUUGCUCUCCCUGAACUUGAUGGUGGCAUGGAGCCCAUUGUUUUCGCCGGGAGGGAUCCCAGAACAGGGAAAUCACACGCUCUUCAUAAAAGGGUGGAGCAACUCUGCACCAGGGCAAUCAGAUGGGCUGAACUGAAAAGGAAAUCGAAGGCUGAAAAGAAGCUUGCGAUAACUGUUUUCAGUUUCCCUCCAGACAAAGGAAAUGUUGGAACCGCAGCGUACCUCAACGUGUUCGCGUCCAUUUUCUCCGUCUUGAAGGAGCUCCAACGAGAUGGUUACAAUGUUGAUGGUCUCCCGGAAUCUUCCGAAGCACUAAUCGAAGAAAUCCUCCAUGACAAAGAAGCCCAAUUCAGCAGCCCGAAUCUCAACGUUGUUUACAAAAUGGGUGUGAGGGAGUACCAGCAACUAACUCCCUACGCCACAGCACUGGAGGAAAACUGGGGAAAACCCCCCGGGAAUUUGAAUUCUGAUGGAGAGAAUCUGUUGGUCUAUGGAAAACAGUUUGGAAACGUUUUCAUUGGAGUCCAGCCCACAUUUGGCUACGAGGGCGAUCCUAUGCGCCUACUGUUCUCUAAAUCAGCAAGUCCACACCAUGGAUUUGCUGCUUAUUACUCGUUUGUGGAGAAAAUUUUCAAAGCGGAUGCGGUUCUUCACUUUGGAACUCAUGGUUCCUUGGAAUUCAUGCCGGGAAAACAAGUGGGAAUGAGUGAUGUUUGUUACCCCGAUAGUCUGAUUGGGAACAUUCCCAAUGUGUACUAUUACGCUGCCAAUAAUCCGUCAGAAGCCACUGUAGCCAAACGUAGAAGCUAUGCCAAUACCAUAAGCUACUUGACUCCCCCGGCUGAAAAUGCCGGUCUCUAUAAGGGACUCAAGCAGCUAAGCGAGUUGAUCUCAUCGUACCAAUCGUUAAAAGACACCGGCCGGGGGCAACAGAUAGUGAGCUCCAUUAUCAGCACAGCCAGACAAUGCAAUCUAGACAAGGACGUGGAUCUUCCGGAAGAAGGCGUGGAAAUCUCGGCCAAAGACCGCGAUCUAGUGGUUGGGAAGGUGUAUUCCAAGAUUAUGGAGAUCGAAUCAAGGCUUUUGCCUUGUGGGCUCCACAUAAUUGGCGAGCCUCCAUCUGCCAUGGAAGCAGUGGCCACAUUGGUUAACAUUGCAGCGUUGGACCGACCCGAAGAGGACAUUUACUCCCUCCCGUCGAUACUUGCUGAGACGGCUGGGAGAGGGAUUGAGGAAAUCUACAGGGGAAGUGACAAGGGGAUAUUGAAAGAUGUCGAAUUGCUCCGUCAGAUCACGGACGCAUCAAGGGGAUCCAUUUCUGCUUUCGUGGAGCAGACAACCAAUAGUAAGGGUCAAGUCGUCGAUGUGGCCAAUAAGUUGACCUCAAUCCUUGGUUUUGGCGUGAAUGAACCGUGGGUGCAGUAUUUGUCAAACACCAAGUUUUAUAGGGCUGAUAGGGACAAGCUUCGAACUUUGUUUGCGUUCUUAGGAAAUUGCUUGAAGCUCAUUGUGGCGGAUAAUGAACUGGGGAGUUUGAAACAGGCUCUGGAGGGGAAAUACGUUGAACCGGGUCCAGGUGGGGAUCCGAUUAGGAACCCGAAGGUGUUGCCAACUGGGAAGAAUAUCCACGCGCUGGACCCACAAUCGAUUCCUACGACAGCAGCAAUGCAGAGUGCUAAGGUGGUGGUGGAAAGGUUGCUUGAGAGGCAGAAGGUUGAUAAUGGGGGAAAGUAUCCUGAGACAGUUGCUCUUGUGCUGUGGGGAACUGAUAAUAUUAAGACCUAUGGUGAGUCACUGGCUCAAGUUUUGUGGAUGAUAGGAGUGCUUCCGGUUGCUGAUGCGUUUGGCCGAGUCAACCGAGUGGAACCUGUAAGUCUCGAAGAACUGGGAAGGCCGAGGAUCGAUGUUGUUGUCAAUUGCUCUGGUGUGUUCAGAGACCUUUUCAUCAAUCAGAUGAAUCUCCUCGACAGGGCAGUGAAGAUGGUAGCCGAGCUAGACGAGCCAGAAGAGCAAAACUACGUGAGAAAACAUGCAAUAGAACAAGCACAAGCCCUUGGCAUUGAGGUGAGAGAAGCUGCCACUAGAGUCUUCUCCAACGCCUCCGGCUCCUACUCCUCUAACAUAAAUCUUGCUGUUGAGAAUUCCUCAUGGAAUGACGAGAAGCAACUCCAAGACAUGUACUUGAGCCGGAAAUCCUUUGCGUUUGACAGUGAUGCUCCUGGGGUUGGCAUGACUGAGAAACGCCAAGUUUUCGAGAUGGCUCUGAGUACAGCUGACGCCACAUUCCAAAACUUGGACUCAUCAGAGAUUUCUCUUACGGAUGUGAGUCACUACUUUGAUUCGGAUCCGACUAACCUUGUACAGAACCUCAGGAAAGAUGGGAAGAAGCCCAGUGCAUACAUUGCUGAUACCACUACAGCUAAUGCACAGGUGAGGACGCUCUCUGAGACUGUGCGACUUGAUGCACGGACGAAGUUGUUGAACCCCAAGUGGUACGAGGGAAUGCUGUCUACCGGGUAUGAGGGUGUACGAGAAAUUGAAAAGCGACUCACUAAUACGGUCGGUUGGAGCGCGACCUCAGGCCAAGUCGACAACUGGGUGUACGAGGAGGCCAACACUACAUUCAUUCAAGACGAGGAGAUGUUGAACAAGCUCAUGAAGACGAACCCGAAUUCCUUCAGAAAGUUGGUUCAGACAUUCUUAGAGGCCAACGGGCGCGGGUACUGGGAGACUUCAGAGGAUAAUGUUGAGAAAUUGAGACAGUUAUACUCUGAAGUUGAGGACAAGAUUGAAGGGAUUGACCGGUAAUUUUUCGAAAACCCCAUUGUGAAGAAAUGAACUUUCAUUGGAAAUAAAAUUGUUCAUUCUCUCUCUUUCUUCUGGGUAGAUGCAUCUUCCAGGAUUAUCAAAUCUGGAUUGGAUACUUGUUCCCCAUUGUAAUUUUAGCUUCCUUUUUGGGGUCUGUAUCCAAUACAACUUAUGAGAAAAUCCUAAUUCAGAGUACAAAAUUGCCUAAA